CCCUUCUCCAACCAUACCCAGCCAGUUCCGUCCCAGCUUCACGAACGCAACGAACGGAAACCUUCUCGAACCACCCAGCACCACCACCACCGUUUGCAAAAAUGUCCAAAGAAGAAACACCCAUCCUCCCGCAAGCUGCGGCAUUUCUCGUGAUCUCCUACCUCGUCUACCGCUUCUUUUUCACGUCGACGCCGACGGCGUCGUCAGCACCACCGGCCGUUCCGCCGGCCACCACGCGCCGCAGACUACAGCAACAGAUCGAGGUGGUCCAUGGAAUGUUCCCGCAGGUACCCAUCGCGGCAAUAGAAGCGGAGCUCCUUCGGAACGGCGGUAAUAUGGAGGUGGCCACGGAGCGGAUACUGGCCACCGGGUUCUUGCCAGACCCGCCACGCCCCCCCGCCGCCCCUAGAGCCGCCCUUCAACCCUCCACCUCCGGCUCGACCGGCGGUCCUGCAUCCCGUCCGUCGCGUGUGGGUCCUCAACAUACCGACCUGAUUACGCGAUACAACCUUCAUAGCCGCCUAUCAGAAACACCAUCCUCCCCGUCGUCCUCCACGUCCACCCCCUCGGGCAAGGGAAAGGCUCCCGCCAGCAAGCAAGACCGGAUGCUAGCGCAUAAGGCGAAGCGGGACGAGAUGAUACUGGAUGCGCGGCAUAAGCUGGAAGCUAUGAUCGUCAAGGAGGCAGCUUCUUCUUCUUCUACUUGAGUGCACUUUGCUUUUUCGUUUGAACUGGUCUUUGGGUUUCGCUUGCUCGUAAUGGGUAGUAGUACACGCGAUCUAUUUCGCCACUUUUUUUCUUUAUCAAUUUAUAUUGGCCUUUGGUCGGGAUCAGGAUUCUCUUUGUCACGAGAACUCGACGAUAUCAAUUUGUAUAAGUACAUACUUAUUUCUCUACUUAUAUUCUACAUCUUGUGAAUCGUGAUUCGUGAUUGGCGGUGCCUCCGGGAGCGCUGGCAAUGGAUGUGGACACAUUACAG